CCUGGAGCGGUCCUCUGUGCUGUCACAUACCUUUGAAAUUCCUGUAACUACAGCGGGAGGCAAGAAUCCAGCAAGAUUGUGUUGUCAAAUGUUUUCUAUUUUUCAUUAUUUUGCAUCUGGAGAAUACUGAACUAUGCAAACUAGUAGGAAGUUGUUCACAUCGCUGUUACAUUUCUUGAGGGGAAAUACAUAUCUUCUUGAUCCUUUUCCAAGUCCACGGAUUUAAACACGAUCACGGAUUUACCAUGGGCACCCUAUCCUGGAAAGGCGCUAUCUGUUCUGUUGUAGUUACUCUCUUCUCCAUAGUUUUAAACAGAUGGACAGAUGCAGCACCUGAAGACCCUUCUUUGGGAUAUCUAGCUUGGCCUCUCGCUCAGAAGCCUGAGGUGUUUCCACACGUCAUCCGAGUGUCUGAUGUGAAGACGUUUCCUGAAGGCCAAGAAGUUAUUUCUCGCCAGAAGAGGAACAUUUUCUAUCAGAGCGGACUCAAACCGUGCGGAGAAGAGACCGCUGAGCAAGUUGUUGCGAACCAUCUGAGCUACUUUCAUCUCAGAGUAUGUCAGGAGACCAUAUGGGAGGCUUUUAAGAUCUUCUGGGAUCGUGUCCCCGAACAAGCAGAGUACCAAAGCUGGAUGAGCCAGUGCCAGGAGGGGACAGUCACAGCACGAGACAUGGGCACAAACUUCAGCCAAUCAGAGGAGCAUCGGGCUCAUGUUAAACAGAUCAUGUCACAUUCAGGCUCGAAAAGUGAGCCCAACAGGUCCUGGCAGCAUAUGUGCAGCACGCCAACCCCAGCGACACAAGAAACGAUUGAAGCUCCUAAGUUAGAAGAAGACAAAGGUGAAGAAAAACCGGGGGUUGAUGCAGCUGCCAUUUCGGCAGGAGUGGAAGAAAGUCCACUGUUCAAUGACAUCACCGUGCAGCCUACGGCCACCACUGUGCUGGAGCAGGUGGUGGAGCUGAGCAUCCUCCUGACCGGUGAGACGUUCAGCGACGAGCUCAACGAUCCAGCCAGCCUUCGGUUCCAGACGCUAAGCAGAGACAUCGCCGCAAAGAUAGAAGAUGCUCUUGAGGGGCUUCCUGGAUAUAAAAGUGUGUCUGUUAUCGACUUCAGGCCUCAGAAGGACCCUCAAGGGCUGGACGGCAUCGUGGUGGACUACGCGGUCACGGUGGUGGUGGACGGGGCGGGCGUGAGCUCCGACCAGCUGAACUACCUCACCCUGCAGUCCAACCUGGUGGAGAACUCCUAUCGGGAAAGUGAGGAGCGCCCCACCGCCGUCUACACCAUGAGGGAGGCCAAAAGCGUUUUCUCCGAGGCUCCUCGCGCCGGCGAGCCGGAGAGUGUGUCUGAGAUUCCUGCGCAGAUCACCACUGAUGAAAAACCCACAGGCGCUGCUGUUGUUGAGCUGCCAAAGAUUUUGACCUCAGAAGAGGACAUCGGAUAUAACAUCCCCCCCGAACGAUCUGAAACUAGCACAUCUCCAACAACAGGAGAGGACGUUGUAGUCUUGGAAGAGAGUGAAAUUUUAUUUUCUACCGUUGCAACCAUCAUCAAUGCACCUGAAGCUGGCAGCAUCGAGGAGGAGGGCCUGUUGCGAGAAAUCACUGUAGAGACUCCUCCUGCCGAGAAACCCCUUCCUGAAGAGCUCCCGCCAGGGGAUCCAGCACCUGAACCCCCAUCGAGUGCCCCGCUGCCUGAAUCCCCAGUGGAAAUCGAAGCGUCUGGAUCAGGCCUCCAGGAUCUGGACCACCUAACUGAACCACCUGCAGCUGCUGCAGAAGAUGAGGAGGCGCCCCUUGAGGAGAUUGCGUCAUCAGAGGAUGGGUUGAUAUCAGAAGAAAUCAUCAGAGAAGAUUUAUCUGAAGAUAGAGAAAAGGCUGAUGCUGCCAACGAGGAUGAAGAACCAAGUCUUGCAACAGAGCUGCAUCUGGAUGAGGUUUUUGUGAAUGAGGCAGAGAGUCCAGAGGUGCUUGGGAUAUCAACAACUGCAACCGAUGCUACAGAAGAAGAAGGCCAGGGUGCCUAUGUGCCCCCAGCAGAGACUGUAGCUAUAGAAACCAAAGCAUCAGAGUCAGAUGCAGCAGAAACAGCUGUGUUUCCCGAUGCUGACCAGCCUGUGGUGAUGACACCAGAAAGCCCUAACCUCACAGACAUCCAGCCGGCCGCUGAGGAGGUUAAACCCAAACAGCCUGAGGACGAGGUUUUGUUGACCCAGCCUGAGGAGCCCUCAUUUGAAGAGGAAGAUUUGGAGGAAGAGGGGAACACUGAGGGAGGAGAUGUGAAGGAGGAAACCUCUGCUGAAGCUCCUGUUGGAGACGAAGAGGCGGAACAAGCACCAGAGAUCUCACCAGAGACUGUUAUGGAGGAUGAGAUUUUAAUUGUGGGCAAAAAUGACCCCAAGCUUUCGGUGACAAAUUCUCCAACACCUCCCCAACCGACUGCAUUGUCGCCAGUGAGGGAAUCGCCUUUCACCCUCAUCUCUGAAAUCGCCCCAUAUUCUGAAGGCCAACCGGACUUGCCAUCACUUGAAGAGACAAUAGAUGAGGACUUGGAGGAUUCCCUCGCUGGUGACCACGAGUAUGAUGUGGCUAAUUAUGGUCAUGGUUUGACCAAUCAAACGGAGGAGGGCAGCACAGGUUUCCCGUUCAGUGUGGCACGCGGCACUGACAGGGCCAGCGUGGCCAUGCCUGUAAACCCCGGACGAGCUCUGAUGGUGUUCUUCAGUCUGAGGGUGACCAACAUGAUAUUUUCUGAGGAUCUCUUUAACAAGAGUUCGGCAGAGUACAAAGCCCUAGAGCAACGCUUCCUAGAGCUGCUUGUUCCCUACCUCCAGUCCAACCUAAGUCACUUUGAGAACCUGGAGAUCCUGAACUUCCGGAACGGGAGCAUUGUGGUCAACAGCCGGAUGAAAUUUGGGAAGCCUGUGGCUCGUGGCGUCACCACCACUGUUUAUCUGAUCCUGGAAGACUUCUGUAACACAGCCUACCAGACCAUGAACCUGGCCAUCGAUAAAUACUCGCUGGACGUGGAGUCAGGUGAUCAGGCUGAUCCCUGUAAGUUCCAGGCGUGCAACGAGUACGCCGAGUGUAAAGUCAACAAGUGGUCAGGCGAGGCUGAGUGUGUCUGUAAUGCCGGCUAUUUCAGCGUGGAUGGCCUUCCCUGUCAAAGCAUCUGUGAGCUGCAGACAGACUUCUGCCUCAACGAUGGCAAGUGCGACAUCAUCCCUGGUCAGGGAGCCAUCUGCAGGUGCCGUGUUGGGGAGAACUGGUGGUACAGAGGAGAACACUGUGAGGAGUACGUGUCUGAGCCACUGGUGGUUGGCAUAGCGAUAGCCUCUGUUGCAGGCUUCCUGCUGGUAGCGUCUGGAGUUCUUUUCUUCCUGGCCAGGACGUUACGGGAUCAGUAUGACAAGGAUGAGUCUGAGGAUCCCAUACGACGAGUGGAGAGUAUCCCAUCUUUGGAGAGAGCAACCAAGUACAACCCCAUGUAUGAGAGUGAAGCUACAACAGGUUACAGCCACUACUAUAGACGCUACCCCGAAGCUGCUGUGUACAGCAGUGCCAGCGCCGAGGCCUCCACCGACUUCAGCAGCGAGGAGAUACGACACAUUUAUGAAAACAGUGAACUGACCAGAGAAGAAAUCCAAGACAGGAUACGUAUAAUUGAACUGUACGCAAAAGACCGGCAGUUUGCAGACUUCGUGCGGCACCAUCAAGCAGCCCUGGAUACCCGCAGAGAGAGUUCCUCUGUGCAGACCUGAGACUGUCCUCUGGAUAACAAGAUACAUGCAUAUCUGAUACAACCUGAAGCUCUCUGUAAAGACGGUUGUUUUUGUUUGCCGUGGUCUUUAAAUCCUUGUUGACACUGUUUGGAAUGUAUUGUCCUCCAGCACUUUUAUGAUCUUGACAGUAAGGCUGCAUCUGUCUCCAUCUGCUCAGGCAGACAGUUCCUCCAUGAUCCUCUGUGCCUUCCCUUGAACGGGCGGGCUCGCCUUGACACUAUGGCUUCAGUCUGCUCAUAUGUGUGCUGCUUAUCUUCUGGACUUUUCCUUUUGAAGGAGAAGCAGACCGCAUCCUUUUACUUGAAAUGUUGACAGACACAUGGAUAUACCAAGCUUUGUUUUUCUUUGUCUCAUGUUGGAUCACUCUUCAUUUAAAAGGAAAGAACGUUAAGUGUGUAAAUAUCUAAAAAGAUUUAUCUUAGUUAAACUUAGAUUAUAACAGUUAAUUCUGUCUUUAAUGCUCAGAUUGACUUUUUAGGUCUCAGGAGGCACUGAGACAGCUGUUCUGUUUUAGUCCAUGGUGCUAUUUUAAGUUAAAAUACUCUUCAAAAGACAUUGAUCUUUAAUUAUUCAUCAGUUUGAAAUACCAAUUGUUCCAAGCGCCGCCUGAUUAAUCACAAUAAUCCAGUCCAGAACAGGAGUUAAACUGUUGCCUGUGGAGAAUAUGCUUCAUUGAAUGUGCCGUACAGGAAAACAAUUACUUAACCAUCACAAAAAAAAACACAAAAAAGCCCCAAAAUAUGUCGGGAUGAUCAUCUUUAAAAAAUGCCCCGCAUGGAUUUGCCAUCAGAGGUGCUGGAUUUUGCAACCACAGCCCGACAGAGCCGUACUAUAAAUUUCCCUCUUGUUUCCAGGCUUUGCGCUGAGCUAAAUGGCUGCUGGCAGCAGCAUUAUAUUUAAUGCACAGAUGUGAAAGCAUAUCAGUCUUCCCAUUUAGACUUAAAACGUCAGAAAGACAAUAAUUUUUACAAAAUGUCCUACUUUUCCUUCAAAGCCGCCAAAGACAUGUUUCGGCAUGUAACGUGUCAUUAAUUAAAAUCAACGGAGGACUUAGACGGUCCGAAGGUUUAACAGAAGGUUUGCAUCAGUUUCUUUUUUUUUUUCUCUCCUGGCAGGUGAUUUUUUUCUGUCUUUUCUAUCAUCGAAAGAGAAUUUUGUGUCUGCAAACGUGUGACAAGGUAGGCAAGAGAGAAAAGAAGCAGUGCUGAGGAAAGAGAAGCUUAGAGCAUGAACCCUCUCUGCAGAAAUAAGUGAAAACACAUUUCAGUGGAAAAAUGCGCUGAGGCAUGUGGCCCAGGGAUUUGGUCGAAUAGUAUGCUCUCAGUUGUCACAUGUAAUGCAACUGAGAGGACAAGAGAAAGACCAAGAAAAAGAGAAGCUGAUAAACAACACACACACUCUCUCUUCUCUGGACAGCCCGUCUCUCGCUGCCUCCAGAGAUGAGAACGCAGCGGUCCUGUGUGAGGGGUCGGGCCUGUGGCUACCUUUUUUGGCAGCGGUCCUGCUCCUCAAUCUGAAACCUUCUGACAGGCUCUUUUCCGGUGUUUUCUUUGGUAUCCGUUCGGGUUUCUCUCUGGAUUUCUCGUACUUGACCCCCUUCUCGUCCGCUGUGGGGACCCCUCACAGGUUCGGCUGAUUGCAAUCAGUUGUGGGAGCGCGUGCUCGGCUCUGUCUGGAGGUCACCGUCUCACAUGUACAUCACGUUUUCUCCUUCAUGUUUCACGCUUCUACUUUUGGAUGCCCACAUGUGUAAAAAAAAAAAAAACAAUAAAAGAAAAAAAACUGUGCAGACCGAAAUGAUGAUGUCAUACCAUUUUCCGAUCUGUGUGUCCAGUUUUAUUUUUAUAAAUAUCCUUUUUGUUGGUUUUUAAAAAUGUAUUCGUCAAUGUCCUUCAAAUUGGUCACCUGGACAAACAGCUUCAUGUAGGACUCAUAAGACCACGUGUAAGACACUGUGUUCUGUCUUGUACAUGACUUAGUAGAUAUUAGUAGUUGUCGUAUUCGACGUUAAUCAUGUGAAUCUAUUUCAAUAUGCAAACAUAUUCCUUUUAUACCUAUGACUCUUUCACCACAUUGACUCUGUUAUCAACUUUGUGCAGCUGUGUAUAAUAAGAAGUGCAAUGUGUAUAAAAAUAAAGUGUUUUAUAUAUAAGUGC